UCUGGAGAGAACAUCGUCAAGAAGAUAUAGCCCUGCAGCCAUCAUGAGACCUUCAGUCAUGCCCGUCAUCUUCGCUUCAGCACUCAUAUUUGAGUGUUUCGCUCUGUCUGUGGCAUUACCCAUGGCUAAGACCGAAGACAAUUCCUUGGAAGGGGAUGCCUUUGCCUCGCUGCUGAGCGAUGAGGGCUCAGAAAGCAGCCUGACCGACGUGGAUGCCGGCAGAACCAGAAACCAGAGGGUGAUCGUCAUUGCCGACCCAAGCCUGUGGAAGGACCUGAGGAUGCACAGCGGCGUGUCUCUCUACAAGCGCAGAGCCGAUGACGACAGCCAGGUCAUCGAUCACAGAGGAGCAGGCCAGGACCUGAACAUCCCCAUCCUGAGGAGGGAUACCAUGAGGUGCAUGGUGGGACGGGUGUACCGGCCCUGCUGGGAGGUCUGAAGA